AUCCUCAAGGUCUCAUGAGGAUGGUACACGUCAGUCAACCUGUGAUUACACGGGUCAGUCGAGUGUAUGGUUCUAUGUGAAAUGUCUGUGUUGUGUGUGUGUGUGUAUGCUUGGAUGAUCUCAUUGUUUAUAUUCGGGCGACCAGCGUGUCACAAUAAGAUUCGGCAGUCGUCCGUGGAUUACAUGAGCAAGCGCUCCGACGUCUACGAGCAGUGAAUGGUGGGCGACGAUGAGGAGCAGCGCAUUAUGAAAGUCCACGGAGAUGCGACCUGCAAAGGCGCGCCCGGCGUGUGGGGGGAUGAGACAUCGAUCAGCGCGGUGUGUCACGCCUAUGGAGUCAACUGUUUGGUGCAUAUUGGGUGAAGGGGGAGAGACAGCUAGGGAAGUGCACAUUCCUCUGUGUCUCUCUCUGUCUCCGUCUCGGUCUCCGUCUCUGUUUGUGUAUGCACCUGUGUGUGCAUUGGUGUCUUUCUGAACAGGUGUUUCUAUAUUGUAUCGCGUACUUGAAACCCUCCGUCGAAGAAGCUGGAGAGGUUGAAGAGAAAGACAUGAUCAGCCCACCAGCGUGGGUUGGCACGAACCUGAAACAAAUCAUGGGGCACCUGACGGGCGAUUUCGAUAACAACGCCGAACGUGUCUCUAGGAGGAUGAGCACGUAUGAGACCAAAGAAGAGAGAGAGAACAGCAUUUAGCGCCGUCUCCCAUAGCAUGCCUCUUGCGUUGCCUCUUUGUGUUUUUCAUGUUUGUCUGUCUUUGUUAGGCCUGGUGUUUGCAAGACGCCGAUGAAGGUGACGCCUGCCUGGCCUACGCUGACAGUCAACGAAAACCCGCACAAGAACGGCACCAACAGCAAAGUCAAGUCGCUCUCUGCAGAAGAGUACUUCACCUGCCUCACCGUUCAGCCCUUCUACCAGAACCCUGACGGCACACUGCGAGUAUGCGAAUACAUAUAAAAUAUACGAACGAGUCAGACAGAGGUGAGGGGGGAAUCGAGAGAGUGAUACGCUCGCGAAUGGGGUGUGGUGUGCUGAUUAUGUGUAAUCAGACAUACAUGCAGAGUGAGUGGGAUCCAGCAGAACGCCGACUGGCUCACUCUGCGAAAGGUCUACUUCGUCGGAGCCCCAAAGGGGGCGCUGUGGGGACAGUUCAUAUUGUUCUUCGACGAAAGUGGGGGCCUGGAGGUCUGAAUCGAGGGGGCGCCCGUCGCGCUGAGCAGUAUCGAGAAGGGUCACCAAGCACCCUCUCUCAAACAGCACCUCGCAGGUGAGUCAGCACUGAGAGAGUAAGAAAGAGAAACGAGAAAAGAAACCAAAAGGAGUGAAUGAAGAAUGUGUGGGGGCUCAUGCUAUGGAUUUGACUUGUCAUUUGCAGAAAAAGAAAAUGAUCCGCAAGGGUGUGGUCUGCAAGGAGCGGGAGCUACAUCAGUAACCCCAGCGUUCCACGAAGAAGACCCGUGUGGCUCCGCCGACCAGCACCUUAAUGAGGGCCGGGUCUCACUCACUCUGCAUGUCCUCCUGAUAGCGCAGAAUCACCAAUCCACACUAUAUAUCCGCAUGUAUACCGCUAUCUCAGACCCACCCUAUUGUGACUGACUCGCUCGUUUUGUGUAUCUUACGUGUGUCUACGUACCCGCAACAAGCGAGCAGCCUCAGGCGCUAAAAGUAGACAUCCCUACACAGACAAGCUCUUCUUCUCUUUCCUGCCGAGUGCCAAUUCGAUGUUUGCAAAGGACAAGUGUAUGUUCAUAUCAUGCCAUCAAUACAUGUCUCUU